AGUUUGCACGUAAAGUGUUGCCUGGUGCAAGUCAGUUGUCACUGCAAGUUUUAUGCGGGGAAUCCAUGCACCCAGAUGUUGAUGCAUUUAUAAAAUCCACAUUAGGCUCUGAAGCUCCUGCAGAGGUGCACCAGCAUUUGAGGAUCUUGUGCUUGAGUUUUUUCAAGGAUUCUGUUCAGCAAUAUGUCAAAUCUAUCGAACCUUUACUUGUGAGCCAGUGUUGUGAUAUGGUGAAAUCUUUUUGUACUGGCUUGGAGCAAUCAAAAACUGCUACUCAGAAUGUUUCUAAGGAAGCCUCCAGAGCAGCUUUAUUUCACACACCAACAGCUGAUCCAAAUAGUGCAAAUGAAGUCCCAGCUCAGACUGACACGCAUCCGUGCAGUAAUUCUCCCGCCCCCAAAGAUUCAGCUACUGUAAAUGAAGCAGCCAUUAACACCACAAACAACUUGCAGCAAGCCAAGUCCUUUGCUUCUAGAACCGAAAAUGGCCACAGUGAUGAGCAGCAGGCACCCAGUCCUAUUGUCAUCAGUAAGGAAAUGUCACCAGUUAUCUCACCAACCUCCCAGAUCAUCAAAGAUGUUGUUGGUGAUUUAUCAUGCACACGCGAUGAUGAUUCUGAUGCUGCACGCACAAAUAUUGAUGGUUCUGUUCUCAGGUCAACUCCUUCUUCAGCACAUCCUGAACAAGUUGAUACUAGUCUACUUGGAGACAAAAAGGCCAUUUUUGAUGUUGUUGUCAGGCAAACAUCUGACGGGUCUGAGAUGGAAAAGAAAGGGUCUUCAACAAUGUCUCCAGCAAACCACACCACAUCUGAGAGUCAAGUUGAUGCUCAUUCAAUCAGCAUUUCAGCUGGGAAAUCCAAAAGGAACAGCCCCCUGGCUACUGAUAUUUCUGGUACAGAGCUGUGUGGAUCACCAGUCAAGAAACUAAAAGUUGCUGCAACUAAGUCCUCAGAUGAUGGAACGUCAAAAGAUUCAGUAACUAGUGUGCAUAGAUCUGAACCAAAUACAGAUGUUCCAGCGACAUUGACAGAGACAACACCCCUGGAGAUUGUUUUACCGGAGACAAGUACAAAGACAACCAUGAAGGAUCUUUCUGGAUUGGGCCAUAAGAAACGAGCUUUGAGGAUUCCGGAAUCAUUCCUAAAAGGUGAGAAGGCAAAGGCUCCAAAAGUUGUGCUCUCAGAGUUUGAAAAAGAAGUCUACCACAUUGCCACAAAACGGAUUAGGGAUACAGAUCCCAAUCCAGAAUGUGUGCAAAUUGGACGAAUGUCUAUCACUGUCAGAGAGUUUGGUGAUACCAUGAGGCCAAAGAAAUGGCUCGGCACAUUUGUGAUGAACGUAUUCACUGAAGCACUUAAGCAUGAUCAAAGCAAAGUUUCAAAACCAAAAAUAACCAAGGGCUUCUUGACAUCCGCUGAAGUUGUAAGUUAA